AUGAGUCAAACUUCUAGUGCAGAAGCCGGCAAAAAGACGGGCGAAUCCUCCGGUUACGAAUCCGCAGCCAUCGAAUCCGCGGCUCCAGAAUCGCCGGUUCCACCAGAAGCGUCGCGUUACAUGCAAGCCGAGGGUGUCAGUACGAGUGGUGAUGCCAAACGACAGACUUGGAGUAAUGGAAUCCAGUUCUUGUUGACAUGCAUUUCGUUUGCGGUCGGCUUGGGGAAUAUAUGGCGCUUCCCGGCGUUGGUCUACGAAAAUGGAGGGGGUAAGGGGAUUUUUUCAAUUUUUAAAUUACUUUUUAAAAAUUUAAAAAUUUUGAAAAUGAUAAAAGUAGAAUUUUAGGCCUGGAAGCGACUUUUUAGGUUGAAAAACAAGUUUUUAGGCUUAUGAACUAACUUAUGAUUUAAAAAUAAAUCUUUGGGUUUAAAAUAAAGUUUUAGGCUUAGAUGUGAUCAUUUAGACAUAGAUACUAAACCUAAGCUUAUAAACAAACGUUUAGACUUAGCUACUGAACUUAGGCUUAGAAAUGAACAUUUAGGCAUAGGAUUAAACGUUUAGGAUUAGAAUGAACGUUUAGGCUUAAAAAUCACAACGAUUAAAUUAAACUAAUUAAUUAAACGAUUAAACUUAGUAGCGAAUUUUUAAAGUUAAGUUUAGGCUUAGGAAUGAGAAGUUAGGCUUAAAUAAGAAAUUCAGGCUUAAGAAUGAAUUUUUAGGUUUAUGAAUGAAAAUUUAGGCUUGCAUAUGAAAUUUAGGUUUAGAAGUGAACAUAAAAUGAAACCUAGGCUUAGAAAUUAAAGCAAAAUGAAAUUUAGGCUUAGAAAAAAAAGUAAAUUUUGAAUUUUAGGUUUUAAAGCAAAGUUUAUAAUAAAAGAUUUUAUAAGUAAGAUUAACCUUCUUAGGUACCUUUUUGAUACCAUACAUUUGUUGCUCGAUGAUUAUUGGCUUUCCCGUACUGUACUUGGAGUUGAGUUUGGGGCAGUUUGCAAGGAAGGGUCCUAGUGUGGUAUACGGCAAAAUCAAACCAUUUUUUCAUGGUAUGUUUACCCUACCCUACCCUACCCUUCCCUACCUUACCCUACCCUACCCUACCCUACCCUACCCUACCCUACCCUACCCUACCCUACCCUACCCUACCCUACCCUACCCUACCCUACUCUACCUUACCCUACCUUACCCUACCCUAUCCUACCCUACCCUACUCUAAACGUUUGUUUUAGGUGUUGGCUGGACGAUGGUGUUCAAUUCCUUCAUUACGGCUGUCUACUAUAACAUGGUUGUGGCAUGGACUUUGAUCUACAUGUCGAUGGUAAUACUCAAUCGAAGCAAGUUGUGGAUGAGGUGUCAUAAUGACUUUAACAGCAUUUGUAAGUUUUUUAGGUACCAAUUUUUUAAUUUUAAGCAAGUUUUAAGCUAAGGCCUAUUUUAGGCUUAUUUUUUGAGGUUGUAGGCUUAGUUCGUAUUUUCUGGGCUUAAAUAAAACAAACAGCUUAUGUUUUAAGUUUUAGGCUUAUUUUUUAAGUUUUAGGCUUAUGCUUUAAGGUUUAGGCUUAUGUUUUAAGUUUUAGGCUUAUGUUUUAAGUUUUAGGCUUAUUUUUUAAGUUCUAGGCUUAUGCUUUAAGGCUUAGGCUUAUGUUUUAAGUUUUAGGCUUAUGUUUUAAGUUUUAGGCUUAUGUUUUAAGGUUUAGUCUUAUUUUAUGUUAUUAAGCUUAAAAAUAAAAUUUUAAAAAAUUAAUUUUUUUAAAUUAAAACAUAAACUUCAAAAUUUUUAAAAUUUCAGACUGCCAAACUCGACUAGAGGACGAGGACUGCACAGAUGAGAUGGGACAACCGGCUUUUUUCUUUAACCAGACUUGUUAUGCCAAGAAUGAUACGGAAGCCUUGGAGCUGAAAAACGCAACUUUUCAAGAACACAAUGCCGUUUCACCUACCGAAGAGUUCUUUGAGUAAGCGUCAUCUACUUUAUUCGGAAAUGUAUAUUAGGGUAGCUUUAUAUAAUAGUUAUAAUAGUAAGUUAAUAUGAUAAUAUGGGCAUAAAGUAGUACUAGAAUUGGCAGAAAUGAUGCUUCAGCAUGAAUAGCAUAAGAAUAGGAUAUGAGUUCUGUAGGAUGACGGUAGUAAUAGACUAGCAUGGGUUUUGAGCUGAAAUUAUGCUACUGUGUGACUGCCCUAGGGUAGAGUAUGGGCACGAAAAGGUAAGGCUAGAGUAAACGACGGCACUUAUUAAUGGUAGGAUACUGGUUAAGGGUUCUGUGAUAUUAUGAGAGUACACGAGUAGGAUAAAUACUGUAGCACUAUUGUAGUACUAGAAUAGUAUUGGUGUCGUAUGGUUACGGUAGUGUUGAAAAAUUUGAGAAGAUCUGAUUACGGUAGCAGUAGAAUAGUAUGAAUACUGUAUGACUGCGGUAGUGUUUGAAUAGGCAGAAAUGCCGCUACAGUGUGGCUAGCGUAGGAGUAGGGUAUGAGUACCGUAAGGUGAGGAUACGAUACUUGGUAGAAUAGGGUUUGAGUGGGAGUACUGUAAGUCUUGGUACGAAUACUGUGGGAUAGAAGAAAACAAGUAAUGUAAAGCAGGGUAGGGUAGAGUAGGGUAGGGUAGGGUAGGGUAGGGUAGGGUAAGGUAGGGUAGGGUAGGGUAGGGUAGGGUAGGGUAGGGUAGGGUAGGGUAGGUUAGGGUAGGGUAGGGUAGGGUAGGGUAGGGUAGGGUAGGGUAGGGUAAGGUAGGGUAAGGUAAGGUAGGGUAAGGUAGGGUAGGGUAGGGUAGGGUAGGGUAGGUAGGGUAGGGUAGGGUAGGGUAGGGUAGGGUAGGGUAGGGUAGGGUAGGGUAGGGUAGGGUAGGGUAAGGUAGGGUAAGGUAGGGUAGGGUAGGGUAGGGUAAAGUAGGGUAGGGUAGGGCAGGGCUUUUACUCUAUUUUAAAAUCUCCAUUUUCAGUCAGUUUGUUCUCCAAUUGGCACCAGAAGCUGGCGAAUGGCAGAUGAACUGGAUGAUUGUUGGUGCCUACUUUGCAGCUUUUGUUAUCACUGCCGUUGCCAUGUACAAAGGUCCCAAAAUCAUAGGAAAAUUGUCGUAUGUCAUGGCCGUGUUGCCGUAUGUGAUUAUUGCGAUUUUGUUUGGACGUGCUGUGACUUUGGAUGGAAGUUCGAUUGGGUUACAUUACUAUCUGGUCGAUUUUAAGUGGGAACUUUUGUACAAUCCGAAGGUAAGGCCUUGGUUUACCUUACUUUCGAAUUGACAUAAUAGUUCUAUGGCAGGCUGAACGCCAGGCUACGGUUGAUGUAGAGUACGGCUACAGUAGGGCAUGCGGGAGAUACAGUAGGUAUAAUGUAGGGCUGUAUUCGGUUUUCCUAAAAGACUUCUGUAGGACAUAGGGUACGGUUGCGGGUAAUGUAAGCUAGGGCUACUGUAGAGUAUAGGGUAGGGUACAGUAAGUGUAGGGUAAAGCUGUGGGAGGAUCCAAGUAAAAAUAUAGUGGGGUUACUGUAGGAACUUACCGUAGUUUUGGCAAAAUUCAGAGACUCAUUGUAACUCUACCAUAAGCUUAUUGCGGUUCUAUUUCGACAUAAUUACUGUAGUUUUUCUCUAAGUUUUCAGUAGUUUUACUCUGUGUUUUCUGUAUCUAUUAUUAACUUACUGUAGUACUAACAGAGACGUCGCUACGAUUUUUCUUUGGGGGUUGUGGAAACCCAAAAACUUUUUUUUUGUUUUUUCACGUACAGGUACCUCUACCUGUGGAUUUUUUUUCAGAUCGGCUCUGGGGGGGGGGUGUCACUCCAAAUCACCCCCUCCCCCUCCCCCAACGACUUCCCUGAGUACUACAAUUUGUUUAUCGUCACCAUAACUUGUUUUCGUUAGUUAUACCUUAUGCGUACCGUAGUUCUCUUACCGUAUUAUCCUAACACUACGUUCACGCUUUUUUACCACAAGCCUAGUGCUGUUGUUUCAGACCUGGCAAGCCGCCGCCACCCAGGUAUGCUUUAGUCUAUCACCCGGCUUUGGUGGUAUUCUGUCGUAUGCCACAUACAAUCGUAGGGAUCAUAACGUGUACAGAGACGCGUUCAUCAUAGCAUCGGCCGACUUUUUCAUGUCCGUGUUUGGUGGAACGGCCGUUUUUUGUGUGCUGGGCUACAUGAGCAAGGCCUUGAAUGUGGAGAUCAACAGGGUGGUGAAGGUAAGGGGUGUGGCAUCAACAGGGUGGUGAAAGUAGAGGUGGAAGAGUUUGGGGGUUUUUAGGUAACAAAAUUUAAAAAACGGUCGAUAUUGGGUAACAAACUUUGAAAAAGUGGUCGAUUUUGUGUAACAAAUUUUAAAAAAUGGUCGAUUUUAGGUAACAAAAUUUAAAAAAGGGUCGAUUUUAGGUAAUAAAAUUUAAAAAAACGGUCGAUUUUAGGUAAUAAAAUUUAAAAAGAAACGGUCGAUUUUGGGUAACAAAAUUUUAAAAAAUGGUCCAUUUUAGGUAAUAAAAUUUAAAAAAAACGGUCGAUUUUGGGUAACAAAAUUUAAAAAAUGGUCGAUUUUAGGUGAAAAAAUUAAAAAAAACGGUUGAUUUUAGGUAACUAAAUUUAAAAAAUGGUCGAUUUUAAGUAAAAUAUUUGAAAAAUGCCAAUUUUGAUACCUAAAAAAAUAUUUUUUUCAGGACGGCACAGCCCUAGCCUUCAUUGCCUAUCCAGAAGCGCUGGGAUGGCUACCAAUCCCAGAGUUGUGGUCUUUCUUGUUCUUCUUGAUGUUGUUCUUGCUUGGCGUGAGCUCGGAGUUCGGCUAUGUUGAGGCUGUGAUCACGGCGUUUGCUGACCAGUUUCCACUCCUGAAUCGACAUAAAGGCUUGACUACGUUUGGAGUUUGCUUCAUUUGCUUCAUUUUUGGGUUACCUCUUUGUACUACGGUAGGUUUUAUGAAGUUUAAGGGUUACGUUGGGAAGAACAAGGGUAUGGUGGACCGGGGUUGUGGCUAGGGUGAUGUUAUUCGUAUUCUUGGUUUUUAGAAUGAGGCAUUAAUUAGGUUUUGAUAAGUGUUUACUGUAAAGCAUACUGUUAUGGUUAUGAUAAGGCUAACGGCUAGGUACUGUAGAAAUAGCUUAAGAAUUACUAAAGAGCUUACGGCAAGGGUAGAGUAAGAUUUACAGUAGGGAUACGGUAGUUCUAGAGUAGGUCUUACUGUAAGGCAUACGGUAGAAUAAUAUAAAGUAGGGUAAGGUACAGUUAAACUAAGAUUUAUUGUAGGGUUUACGGUAUGGUAGGAUAGGGUGUGGUAAAUAGGGUAGGGUAGUGUAGGGUAGAGUAGGGUAGGGUAGGGUAGGGUUUGGUAAGCUAGAGUACUUUUCAUACUAAUUACGGUAUUUUUAGUCCGGAUUCUACUACUUUAACCUAGCCAACGACUACUGUGCCGGCUUCUCGGUAACGGUCUGUUUACUCUGUGAAUCCGCUUUGAUUGCCCACUUUUAUGGUCUGAACAACUACGUAGCUGAUCUGCACUCAAUGUUUGGAAAGCCAAGGCAUUUGAUUGGAAAGGUCUUUGGUAUGACCGGUUACUAUGUCAAGUUUAUAUGGUUCAUUGCGUCGCCGCUGCUUUGGUUUGUGAGUAUUUUUGAAAAUUUUUUAAAAUUUCAGACAAUUACCAUAGCGACCAUUUACAAGCAACUCUACUACGUACCAAGCACUGGCAAAGGCUCUUCGUACUAUGAAUUCCCAAUGUGGUUGAUUGGUAUUGGCUGGGUGGUGUCGGUAAUACCAUUCACCACCAUUCCCGGAUUCCUUUUGUACAAUGUGUAUCACUUUAAGAGGAUUGGCGAGGUAAGGAUGGAUUUCGAUUAUUACUCUUGACGGCCUGUAUGAUGGGUGGGGGUGGUUUCUGGGAUUUUGUGUGAUAUUGGAGCGGGGGGGGGGUUUGUGAGGGACAAGUAGGCUUAGGCUUAGUAGGCUUAGGCUUAAUAGGCUUAGGUUUAGUAGGCUUAGGCUUAGUAGGCUUAGGCUUAGCAGUCUUAUUUAUAGCUUUUUUCAAAUUUUAAAAUUUUUAUUUUCAGCCAUUAUCCGAGUUGUGGAAAUGUCAACCAGGCUGGCCUUCCUUCCUCAAGCAUCGUCCAAACGACCUCGAGCUACUGAAAAAAGAGAGUGGAAUCUCCGACGAAAUGGACACUCCCACCGCCACUUGA